AUGGAUAGAGCACUGUGUGCACUAGUGCUGCUUGUUGGGCUCGUGGAGGCUCCACCCAUAGGGCUUGGAGUUCCAAAGCUCAAAGCGUCCACGUACACUCCAUCCUGCCACAUGACUUACUCGGGAUCUGACAACGGAUCGAUACAAAGCCCAAAAAUGGCUGAAGUGAUGGCAUUCUGCAAUUAUGAUAUCACAGUGAACUCAAACAGCCAGAUCAAACUGAAGUUUACGGAAACAAAUGCAAGUUAUCACAUUGUGAAGUGA